CUGGAUUCAUUAUGUAUUUUCCCUAAAGAUACGGGCACCCACAGGGCCACAACUUGUCACCAGAUUCUCUAAUCCGUGCUGUUCCACGUGGGAAUUAUGAUUUGAGGUCGCACCACAUCAGGAACGGUAAAGUACAUUCAAGGUAAGGUAACAUAGCACUCAACCAAUCGAGACAUCGAGACCAAAACCAUGGGGCACCCGACGAUAGGUGGCACCAGCAUUAGCAGCCACACCAACAGCGCAGACCCCCCCGCCGAAGCCGACUUCCUGCUACAAGCGUACACGCGCCUACGACAGGCCAUCACCACCAACAACGCAGCCUCGCCCGACGGCAACUCCGUCCUGCCCUCGCAUAAAGCCAUCACGGCCUGCCUCAGCGCUCUGCCCUCCCCAGGCUCACCGUCCUAUCUGUCACCACUUGGCCCGUCCUCAACGCUCACCCACCUCCUCGACACCGUGCUACCAGCGCUAAACCACCAGUCCCUCUCUCCGCGCUACCUGGGCUUCGUGACGGGCGGCGUGCUCCCCAUAGCCGAGACAGCCGACAACCUGGUUUCCGCGCUCGACCAGAAUGUCCAAGUCCACAUGAUCCCAUCCUCCGCUUCCUCGCCUUGGACCCACUCCGCCAGCACAGCGAUCGAGGACUCUGCCCUGCGCAUGCUUAUCAGCCUCUUGGAGCUUGACACAGCUCCUUCCGAAAGCGACGGCGACCCCAGCAACGCCUGGCCCGGCCGCACCUUCACGACGGGCGCCACGGCGAGCAACAUCCUCGGGCUGGCCUGCGGCAGGGAGGCGGUCCUGGCCGCUCGGCUCCCCGCUGCGGAAGGGAGUACUCCCAUUACUGCGUCAGUGGCCGAGGUCGGCUUGCUCGCGGCGUGCCAGGCCGCCGGGGUGAGGGAGAUCAGGGUGCUCAGCAGCAUGGCGCACUCGUCGCUGCUCAAGGCGGCGAGCGUCAUUGGGCUAGGUCACAGGAGCGUCAAGGACGUGGGGCUGAGCGGGCAGGGGGAACCGUGGCGGCUGGACUUGGACGCCGUGGAGAAAGAGCUCAAGAGGGGUGCUGAGGACGGAGUGGCCCAUGUGAUUGUCGUCAGCGCAGGCGAGGUCAAUACGGGACGGUUUGCCACCAGUUUGUUGGAUAUGCCUAAGUUGAGGAGUCUGGCGGAUCGGUAUGGCGCUUGGAUCCAUGUGGAUGGAGCCUUCGGCAUCUUUGCCCGUGCAUUGCCAAAGAUAGACCAGUUCCUCAACCUGCACGCAAAUGUCGCUGGGUUGGAACUGGCCGAUAGUAUCGCGGCCGACGGGCACAAACUGCUGAACGUGCCAUAUGACAACGGCGUUUUCUUCUGCCGCAACGCAUCCAUCCUCACGCAGGUCUUCAGCAACCCCAAUGCCGCAUACCUCUCGUCCCCCGGGGACCCUACAGCCAUCCUCAGCCCCCUAAACGUUGGCAUUGAAAAUUCCCGUCGUUUCCGUGCCCUUCCAGUAUACGCAGCGCUCCUGAGCGAGGGCCGUGACGGUAUCGCUGCCAUGCUGAGUAGGAUGGUCCUCUUGGCGCGCGAGAUAGCUACCUUUGUGCGCGACUCUGACGACUAUGAAUGGCUACCGAGGGAAGAUGAAUCGCUGGAGAGCACAUACAUCGUUGUGCUGUUCCGAGCCAGGAACCCGUCUCUAAAUGAGGUGUUGGUGGAUCGGAUUAACUCAUCCGGGAAGAUGUUUGUAAGUGGGACCAAGUGGGACGGCCAAAAAGCUGCGCGGAUUGCCGUUGCGAACUGGCGGGUCGAUGUAGAGAGGGAUGCGAUGGUUAUCAAGGAGGUGUUGGCGGAUGUUGCCAAGGGUCAUUCGUAGCUUGCUGUCAUGGAGAAAAAGCCACUGAUACCC